GGUGUAAUCUGGAUUGUUGGACCAGGCCCUGUGUGCUAGUCUGGCCAUCUGGCUCCCUGCAUUCAUGUCUGAAUGGGAGGGAUGAUGUAUUUAAGGGCAUGAUUACUCCAUGAGGCAGCUACCUUGCCUAUCCCAUGAUUCUUGUCGCUGGAAGCAAAGAACAGCUGAUGGGGUGAUUCUUAUAUUGCCCCACCCCCCUUUCCCCAUAAGAGGAUUUAUAGACAUUGUAUUAUUCCCACUAUUAUUAUUACUACUAAAUGUGCUAAACAGAUACCUUUGCCUGUGUUUUGGUUGCCUUUGCCUGGUAAGGUUUGUCUGUCCAGGCUCCUGUGGUGUAGUGUACUCUGGGGAUCAGUGGUGAUGCUACAGUGAGCUGAUCAGAGCCCUGUUCAGCAUUCCUAUUGGAUGAUAUCCCUGAGUUCUUGCCCCACAUCCUGCAUUCUGAACUGAGGUGCUAUGACCUUUCCUGCCCGUAGAUGGCAGCCCUGUGCAUGUUACUCUUUCGUCCCCCAAAAAAUAAGAACUAUUCCGCCAAAAGUAUGUAUGCAUGUCUGUGUACAUGAAACAGUGGUAGGGGAUGUGUGUGAAAAAGAGAGAAAUUGAUCAUUAGACAUAAAUGUUACAAUAUUUGUGGUGAUGAUGAUGAAUAAUGAUGUUGUGUACUUUUGAGGAGGGAGCAGAGGGGUUGUCAGUGAAAAUAUGAACAAUCUGAAGCCCCAAAUAUUCCUUUACUUUACUACUCUUUCCUUAUAGCUGUGUGGUGCAAUACCUCCAUUUUUACAUAUGUUAUUACUCGGCAGCAUAGCUUUUCUCCAAGGAAGAUAAUUUCUGUAUUGCGUUAUUUUUGUUAAAUCACAGGGUUCUGUCCCUCCUAGACCCUGAGCUUUGUUUAGGUUAUUGUUGAUAUAUUCAAUGAUAAUGUUUUUAAGGUCACCAUGGUGAUAUCUGCAUCCCAAGAUAUGGACAAUCUGCCUUCUCUCUGGUAUAACAGAACAAUUCAGUUUAUUUAUUAAAGUGUACAUAUGUAUUGCAAUUCAAAAUGGCUUGGUCUUUGUCUGUUCAUUAUACUGUUUCUAAGCUCCAAUCUUUUGUAUGUCUCAAAGUGGUUUUUAUAUGUAUUUUUUACAAUAAAUAUACUUGUGUGAGCCAUGUUUUGUCAUUGUCCUUUGUUUGCGUAUGUGUGUACUGUAGUGUUCAUAAGUGUUUUGUGGAAUGUCUGCAAUGGUCCUUGCUAAAGAGGUAAUGGUGUGACACUCACUUUUAUAUUAUGAUUUCUACAGUUAAGUUAUUCACCGUAAAUGACUAUCCUACAUUUUUUUUCUCAACCAUGUGAAAUUUGGGGGUCAGUUUCACAAUUUUGUAUAUUCCUUACUGGUUGCAUUCUUUAGAUUUACCAAAGAUGGUUACUCAAACCUUUACGAGCACCAGAUUACGUUAUUGCAUUUCCUGUUGUUAGGCCUCUUAACGAUUAAAGUACAUCCCCUUCUGACUACAUUUGUGGAAACAAACAGUGGAGAAACUUUGUGGUUUUCCAUUUCCCCAAGCUACAGAUCUGAAAAUGUAUGUUGCUUUGUUCUGUCACACGCUGGGUUUACACAGGCAGCCCAAUUCUGAUAUUUUUAUCAGUAAUUGGUCUUUUGGCCAAUCAGAUCUGAAAAAUGUGAUUGGUCAAAACAAUUGGGCGGCCUGUGUAAACGCAGCCUUAGUUUCUCUAAUCACCAUCACUGUCAGUGACCGUUAGGUUCAGGAAAUAACACAAAUGGGCACAGGCUGCUAAAUGUAGAUGUUCCAGAGUCUGACUGAGCCAAGCAGCAAUUGACAGUCUGUGUGUAGGCUAGAUCAACACUCCACUAUACAGGAAGGACAGUACGGUCAUUGAAGUUCAGCACAAGUGAAACCCAGGUGUAAAGGAGACUACACUCUGCCAGAAUGACAGAUGCUCAGAACUACUCCAUGCCCACAGAGUCUCAGGAUGCCCUGAACUCUAACCUGCCACCCCCUUACCCCCAUGGGGAAACUCAAGUGGACCCCAUACCACCAUACAUACCACCCCCCUACUCUGCAGCUCCAGCCAUGUAUCCUCCAUCCCCCAACCCCCCAGUCCUGUACCCACCACAGGCAGGGGUAGACAUGGGAACUCUCCCCCCUGGAGAGUGUAACCCUUUGGGAGAGCCAGGAUCUUCUUCACCAGAGGCAAACGCCGCCUUAUUGGUGUCAUCUUUUGAUGACAAGACCAUAAGGAAGGCGUUUAUCAGAAAGGUGUUCAGUGUCGUGACCCUGCAGUUGCUGGUGACCUUCAGCAUUGUGUGUGUGUUCACCUUCUCCAGUGCGGUGAGGGCGGCGGUGCAGAGCAACAUCUGGAUCUACCUCAGCUCAUACAUCCUGUUUGCUGUGGUUGCCAUCUCCCUUAGUUACUCCAAUUCCUUCAGCAGAAGCCAUCCCUGGAACCUGGUGGGACUAUCAGUGGUCACUCUCACCCUAUCCUACUUGGUCGGCACUGUGGCCUCAUUUCAUGACACCACUGCUGUAGUCAUCGCCAUGGGAGCAACAGUGGCAAUCUCCUUCACCAUCAUCAUCUUCUCAGCCCAGACUCGAGUGGACUUCACAAUUUGUAAUGGCAUCCUGCUGGUGCUGGCAGUGGACCUUCUCAUGUUCAGUUUCUUCUGCUGUUUCUUCUACUCCAAUGUGCUGCAGAUAGUCUACGGAUCUCUGGGAGCCCUGCUCUUCUCACUGUUCUUGGCGAUUGACUGUCAGCUGGUGAUGGGCAGGCAGAAGUACGCUCUAGAUCCAGAAGAGUAUGUGUUUGCUGCCCUGAUCCUGUACCUGGACAUCAUUAACAUCUUCCUCUAUCUGCUCAUCAUAAUGGGAGGCUCCAGCAAAUAGUCAACACCUGGCAGAAACCUACAAUGACACACAUAUGUAGCUAUACUCCGUAGCACUCCAAACUAGAGCUGGGCAAUAUGGACAAAAAUCCAUAUUGCGAUAAAUUGCAUGAAAUGAUGCGAUAACGAUAAAUAGAACGAUACGUUUAUAACAAUGUACACCAGCCUUUUUUUGUAUCCUUUAAAACUACUACUACUAGUUUGAUGGUUGUAGCCAUCAAUUGUCCCAUUAACAAUCAUCCAUUUUAUCAAACUUAUUUAAUUUCAAACAUCACAUUUCUUGAGCCUUUGGGCCCAGGCUUGUAGGGGGCCCUUGAGGCACAAAAAAAGGAAAUACAUACAGUACAUAUAGGUAAAAUAUAUAUAUUUUUUACUGCAACCAUCAACCACAGGAGGACUCAGGAGCCUGCUCUCAAUGAAUAUAGACAUCCUUCUGCCACUCUGCUAAUCAUCAAAUGGGGGAAGAGAGGAGGUAGGGGGCCCACAUGUGUAUAACACUUUAGUUACCCCGCUACUCAUUUUGCUACGGGGCGGAGAGUCAUUUUUGCAGUUUUAAAGCUAAUUACCUGCAAUUCUAUACAUUUUGCCAUGACUUAUGCCAUGUUAAUGAUAUCUCAGUGAGAGUGAAUAACAAAAUCAAAUGAGGCCCCCAGGAGGUCAGGGCCCCUGGGCAUGUGCCCUGCAUGCACAGUCAGUAUUCAGCCAUGAUUAUUAUAAGUUUAGAUAGUCUAGCCAGCUAACCUGUCUAAAAAGUGUCAGCUGACAUGGCUUAUUGAAUGACUGUCAGUAAACAGGUUUCCAUCCAAUAUUUUUAUGCGAGUAAAAUACAUGUCGGAUAAAACAUUUUAUGACAGGCCUGAUGGAAACAGCAAAUUUGUUGGUAAACUUUCCAAAUAUUGACAAAACUAAAUACGCUAGACAAUGUGGGAUCUUUUUGUGUCGGUAAAAUUAAUAAUGCGCGAAAUGGCAGUGGAAACUCUUUUAAGCACAAAUAUUGAUAUAAUAACCAUCAUAUCGAUGUAUACUUGAAGUCAUGCGAUGACAUGUUGUGUUAUUCUCCCACUACGACUUGGGAAAGCAUGCAGUUUAUUAGGCUACAGGUGAAAUAAGUUAUGAUGAACUUUACAGGGUGGUGAAAGUUCAAGGUGGUGAGCUUUAUGCUCCUUUCCAAUAAAUACAAUGGUUCUUAUUCUGGUGACAUGAUGACCGAUGCUUAGCUGCCAUUUGACAAAUAAAAUAAUCUUGCUCUUUAGUACAUAUUAAUAACAUCAUGUAGGCUACAUACGCAUUGUAUAUACAGUGCAUUCGGAAAGUAUUCAGACCCCUUCGCUUUUUCAACAUUGUUAAGUUACAGCCUUAUUCUAAAAUUGAUAUAUUUAAUGUUUUCCCUCAUCAAUCUACACACAAUACCCCAUAAUGACAAAGAGAAAACAGUAUUUUGUUUGUGCAAAUCUAUAAAAAAUAAAAAACAGAUACCUUAUUUAUGUAAGUAUUCAGACCCUUUGCUAUGAGACUUGAAAUUGAGUUUAGGUGCAUCCUGUUUCCAUUGAUCAUCCUUGAGAUGUUUCUACAACUUGGGAGUCCACCUGUGGUAAAUUCAAUUGAUUGGACAUGAUUUGGAAAGGCAUACACCUGUCGAUAUAAGGUCCCACAGUUGAAAGUGCAUGUCCGUGCAAAAACCAAGCCAUGAGGUGGAAGGAAUUGUUGGUAGAGCUCCGAGCUCCGACAGGAUUGUGUCGAGGCACAGAUCUGGGGAAGAGUACCAAAACGUGUCUGCAGCAUUGAAGGUCCACAAGAAAACAGUGGCCUCCAUCAUUCUUAAUGGAAGAAGUUUGGAACCAAACUGAGCAAUUGGGGGAGAAGGGCAUUGGUCAGGGAGGUAACCAAGAACCUGAUGGUCACUCUGACAGAGCUUUAGAGUUCCUCUGUGGAGAUGGGAGAACCUUCCAGAAGGACAACCAUCUGUGCAGCACUCCACCAAUCAGGCCUUUAUGGUAGAGUGGCCAGACGGAAGCCACUCCUCAGUAAAAGGCACGACAGCCCGCUUGGAGUUUUCCUAAAGGCACCUAAAGAUUCUCUGGUCUGAUGAAACCAAGAUUGAACUCUUUGGCCUGAAUGCCAAGCUUCACGUCUGGAGGAAACCUGGCACCAUCCCUGCAAUGAAGCCUGGUGGUGGCAGCAUCAUGCGUUGGGUAUGCUUUUCAGUGGUAGGGACUGGGAGACUAGUCAGGAUCGAAUGAAAGAUGAACGGAGCAAAGUACAGAGAUAUCCUUGAUGAAAACCUGCUCCAGAACACUCAGGACCUCAGACUGGGUCGACGGUUCACCUUCCAACAGGACAAUGACAUUAAGCACACAGCCAAGACAACGCAGGAGUGGCUUCGGGACAAGUCUCUGAAUGUCCUUGAGUGGCCCAGCCAGAACCCCGGACUUGAACCCGAUCAAACAUCUCUGGAGAGACCUGAAAAUAGCUGUGCAGCGACGCUUCCUACCCAACCAGACAGAGCUUGAGAGGAUCUGCAGAAAAAAAUGUGAGUCACUCCCCAAAUACAGGUGUGCCAAGCUUGUAGCGUCAUACCCAGGAAGACUUGAGGCUAUAAUCACUGUCAAAGGUUCUUCAACAAAGUACUGAGUAAAGGGUAUGAAUACUUAUGUAAAUGUGAUAUCAGUUUCUAAAAACCUAUUUUUGCUUUGUCAUUAUGGGGUAUUGUUUGUAGAUUGAGAUUUGUAUUUAAUUUAAUUAAUUUUAAAACAAGGCUGUAACAUAACAAAAUGUGGGAAAAAAUCAAGGGGUCUGAAUACUUUAUAAAGGCAGUGUAUAUACCUUGUUUGUAUUUAUUAGGGAUCCCCAUAUUCCUGGGAUCUAAACACACCAAUGCACCCACAUUUUAUAUAAAACAAAAGAUAAAACAGUGAACUAUGUUUGUACUGAAUGAGCUAAAGAUAAAACAGUGCAUCAUACAAAAUCCCUACACCACCACAUAUCCACAACACAAAAUGUUCAAUACCACCACACAACAAUAUCACAAUGUGUGCAUAUGCAUGUGUCUGUACCUUUGUGUGUGUCUCUUCACAGUCCCCGUUGUUCCAUAAGGUGUAUUUUUACCUGCUUUUUAAAUCUGAUUAUAUUGCUUGCAUCAGUUACCUGAUGUGGAGUAGAGUUCCAUGUAGUCAUGGCUCUAUGUAGUACUGUGCGCCUCCCAUAGUCUGUUCUGGACUUGGGGACUGUGAAGAGACCUCUGGUGGCAUGUCUUGUGGGGUAUGCAUGGGUGUCCGAGCUGUGUGCUAGUAUUUUAAACAGACAGCUCGGUACAUUCAGCUUAUCAACACCUCUUACCAAUACAAGUAAUGAUGAAGUCAAUCUCCACUUUUAGCCAUGAGAGAUUGACAUGCAUGUCAUUAAUGUUAGCUCUCCGUGUACUUUUAAGGGCUAGCCGUGCUGCCCUGUUCUGAGACAACUGCAAUUUUCCCAAGUCCCUCUUUGUGGCACCUGACCACACGAGUGAACAGUCGUCCAGGUGCGACAAAACCAGGGCCUGUAGGACCUGCAUUGUUGAUAGUGUUGUUAAGAAGGCAGAGCAGCACUUUAUUAUGGACGGACUUCUCCCCAUCUUAGCUACUGUUGUAUCAAAAUGUUUUGACCAUGAUAGUUUACAAUCCAGGGUUACUCCAAUGUUAUUAGCCUACCUCCUCUUUCUCUCUCUAUUGUUGCUUCAUUCCUUCCGUGCUUUCAACAGUUAAAUGAAAUCUGUUUCGUUGUCCUUAUUUUUAUCAUUCUAAUGACAUCCUUGAAUAACAUAGGGCUAGAAUUAGAUGCAGAAGGCUUUCACUUCUCCUUACGAAGAUUGAAUGGUUAUGGGUCUGAAUAAAUAACUGCUAUAGACUACCA